AUGAUACAGGAUAGAAAGGAUACAGUGCCGGCUGUUAUCCAUAAAAGUGCGACAGCUACUAACGAUACGACGCAUGAUACCGAUAAGCGCGCCACGAACGGAGACUCGAAAUCGUAUGCCGACGCUGUUAAGCCGGCCGUCAAUGGUGUUGAGCCGCCUCCGACGAAAUACCCAGUCCUUAAGAGCGAGAGGUCGCUUAGGAACAGUGAGGCAAAUUCAUGGAAGGCCGGAGGUAUUCGCUUCGCGCCUUUACGAGUACCGUUGCGCCGCCGUCUACAGACGGGAGCAGUGCUCUUCCACUGCAUGUCCAUCGUCGUCUUGGUCUCCAUGUUCUGGUUUACCUGCGCCAACCCUCUCAUGUGGCCUAUAUUGAUACCAUAUCUGUUGCACCUGACAUUUUCCACGGCAGCUGUUGAUGGAUAUUUGUCCUAUCGCUCCGAGUACCUACGUUCCAUGCCGCUGUGGAAGCUGUUCGCGGGAUACUUUCCUAUUCGGCUGCACAAGACUUUUGACCUUGAUCCCAAGAGGCGAUACAUUCUUGGAUAUCACCCACACGGCAUAAUCUCACACGGUGCCUGGUGUUCGUUCGCGACGAAUGCCCUUGGUUUCAGAGAAAAGUUUCCUGGCAUCACCAACAGUAUUCUCACUCUGGAUUCAAACUUUCGCAUUCCGUUCUACAGAGAUUGGAUACUUGCCAUGGGUGUUCGAUCCGUCUCGAAAGAGUCAAUUCGCAACAUUCUGAGCAAGGGCGGUCCAAAGAACAAUGGAGAAGGUCGUGCGGUUACCAUUGUCAUCGGAGGCGCUCGCGAGUCUCUCGAGGCGCAGCCCGGGACCCUCCGCCUGAUUCUCAAAGGCCGCAAAGGUUUCGUCAAAAUGGCACUUCGCAGUGGCGCCGACCUUGUUCCCGUAAUCGGCUUUGGCGAGAACGAUAUCUACGAUCAGCUCAGCCCAAAAACCCAUCCUCUGGUGCACAAGCUUCAGAUGUUUACUCUUAAGGUCUUCAAGUUUACGUUGCCAGCACUCCACGGACGCGGUCUCCUUAACUACGAUGUCGGCCUCAUGCCUUAUCGUCGACCAGUCAACGUCGUUAUCGGCAAGCCGAUCAGAGUACAUUUCGCUCCCGGCCACCAGCCUACGGCAGACGAAAUUGAUUAUUACCAUGAGCUAUAUAUUCGGGAGUUGGAGAAUCUCUGGGAAACCUACAAGGAUCAUUUUGUUCCAGGUCGUGUAAGCGAAAUGGAGAUUGUAAGCUGA